GGAGGAGCCGCUACAACUCAAUUGCAGUCCUGCACCGGGGAAUGUGUGCCUUACUAUCUCUGCACUGACAAUAGGAUCAACAUGGACGGUGCGGGCAUUAUUGAUAUCCGUGUUGGAGAAGAGUCAGAGUGCUCACACUACUUGCAAGUCUGUUGCGAAGCAGAUUCAGUGGCAGAUCCAUCGGAACUCUCUGUGAGUAAAACCUUGGCCGAUGAUGGAUUCGAAUACCGGCAAACGUGUGGAAUGCGUAACCCCAGUGGUAUAGACUUCCAAAUGAUUGGUAAUAUGAAUGGUGAGUCGGAAUACGGUGAGUUCCCGUGGAUGUUGGCAGUACUUGUCGAAAAACCUACCAUCGGUAGUAACCUGAACGUGUACCAGUGUGGUGGUUCGCUGAUCGCACCGAACGUCGCCUUGACCGCGGCUCACUGCGUGUUCAACAAGCAAAAGGAGCAGCUGUUGAUUCGUGCCGGCGAAUGGGAUACACAGACACGCGAUGAGCUGUACCAACAUCAAGACAGACGUGUGGCGGAAGUCAUCACACACGAAGCCUUCAACAAGGGUUCGUUGGCGAACGAUGUGGCUCUGCUUAUACUGAAGGAACCCUUCCUAGCAGCGGAGAACGUACAACCGAUCUGUCUUCCACCGAAGGGAACCUCGUUCGAUCGAAGCAAAUGUUUCGCUUCGGGCUGGGGCAAGAACGUGUUCGGCAAGGAGGGCAAAUAUCAGGUGAUUCUGAAGAAGGUGGAGCUUCCGGUUGUACCACAGAGCGAGUGCCAACAGUCACUGCGCACGACUCGACUUGGCAAGCGGUUCGUGCUUCACCAGAGCUUCCUGUGUGCUGGAGGCGUUGCCGGACAGGAUACGUGUCGCGGUGACGGUGGAUCUCCGCUCGUCUGCCCGAUUCCAGGCUCUUCGACGCACUACUAUCAGGCCGGUAUCGUCGCGUGGGGUAUCGGAUGCGGUGAAAACGGAAUUCCCGGUGUGUACGGCAAUGUGGCCUUCUUCCGCGACUGGAUCGAUAACCAGCUGUUGGAUUACAGCAUUCUUUCAAGGGACUACGUGUAUACGCCGUAA